AUGGUGGAUGUCGGGGAUAAUGCGGGUUUCACAUGUGUGAAUUGUCAUAAAUUUAAAUGUAGUGGACGUGGUUUAAUUUUACCAUGGGGAAUUGAAGCUUGUAUGCCCAUUAGACUUCGAGCAGCAUUAUAUUUUAUAUUUUUAUUAUAUCUAUUUCUCGGUAUAGCCAUUAUUGCUGAUAUAUUUAUGUCAUCAAUAGAAACAAUAACAUCUCGAAAGCGAAAAAUUCGGUAUCCCGAUCCAAAUGGUGAAGCAGAUAAAUAUUUACAUAUUGAAGUGAAAAUAUGGAAUGAUACAGUGGCAAAUUUAACAUUAAUGGCAUUAGGAUCGAGUUCACCAGAAAUAUUACUAUCAAUUAUUGAAAUUGUUGGAAAUCGAUUUGAAGCUGGUGAAUUGGGACCAGGUACAAUUGUUGGCAGUGCUGCAUAUAACUUAUUAAUGAUUUGUGCAUUAUGCGUCUCCGGUAUCCCUACUCCAGAUAUAAGACGAAUUAAAAUGUAUACCGUUUUCAUGAUAACAUCAUUUUUCGGCUUUUUCGCUUAUAUAUGGAUGUUUAUCGUACUAAGUGUGAUCUCAAAAGAUGUUGUCGAUUUAUGGGAAGCUGUUAUUACAUUUCUCAUGUUUCCGCUUGUCGUAUUAUUAGCAUUUUUGGCUGAAAAAAAUUUUUUUGUAUCAAAAAAAAUAGAUAUGGAAGAAGAAGAACAAAUUUUGAUAUUAAAAAAAGAUGAAGCUGGAAGUCCAAGAAGCUUUCGCAAAGAUGAAUUAUUACAAUUUUUAAGAGAUUUAGGCCAGACUACUAAUCUAUCAUUAGAAGAUAAAGCACAGUUAUUUGCAGCAAAACUAUCGGAAAGUAUGCACCGCAGUCGAAUGCAAUAUCGUAUACAAGGUGCAAGAAUGUUAACAGGUGGAAAAUCUUUGUUUGUAAAUCUUCCAGAUAAAUUACAAGAGGUAUGAUCACUUGAUA